CGAAGGGCACCAGAGGGGACAGAGAGAAGAGAGACAGGCAGGAUCCAUCUCUUACCACCUCCCAAGCUCCCAGCCAGCUCCAAUCCUUCACGCUUGGGCGCCAACUGUGUCGGGCGCACACAAGUCCCUUGUGGCACGCAGGGCGCAGGGCACGCAGCACAGGAGCGAGCAUGGGGAGCCUGCGGGCGCUGCUUCUCAUCUCCUCCCUUCUGCCUGGGCUCCUGCUCUCAGAGGCCGCCAAAAUCCUGACUCUGUCCUUGCUGGGUGGAAGCCAUUUUCUACUAAUGGACCGAGUGUCUCAGAUUCUUCAAGAUCACGGUCAUAAUGUCACCAUGCUUCUCCAGAGAGCAAAUUUAUUAAUACCAGGUUUUAAAGAGGAGGAAAAAUCAUAUCAAGUUAUCACUUGGCUUCCACCUGAAGAUUAUAACAAAGAAUUUAUGAAUUUUUUUGAUUCCUUUAUGAAAGACGCUUUGGAUGGGAGAGACUCAUUUGCAGACUUUUUAAAGUUGAUGGAACUAUUGAGUCUUCAGUGCAGUCAUUUGCUAAAGAGAAAUGAUAUCAUGGACUCCUUAAAGAAUGAGAACUUCGACCUGGUGAUAGUUGAAAGUUUUGACUUCUGUCCUUUCCUAGUUGCUGAGAAGCUUGGGAAACCAUAUGUGUCCAUUCUCCCCUCCUCGUUUGAUGCUGUGGACUUUGGACAACCAAGACCUCUGUCUUAUGUGCCAACGUUACAUUCCUUCCUGACUGACCAUAUGGAUUUCUGGGGCCGACUAAAGAAUUUUCUGAUGUUUUUAAAUUUCUCCAUGAGGCAACGGCAAAUCCACUCUAAAUUUGACAACACCAUCAAGGAGCAUUUCCCCGAAGGGUCUAGGCCAGUUUUGUCUCAUCUCCUAAAGAAAGCAGAGUUGUGGUUUGUGAACUCUGACUUUGCCUUUGAUUUUGCUCGGCCUCUGCUCCCCAACACUGUGUAUGUUGGAGGCUUAAUGGCCAAACCUGUUAAGGCAGUACCUCAAGAAUUUGAGAAUUUCAUUGCCAAGUUUGGAGACUCUGGUUUUGUUCUUGUGGCCCUGGGCUCCAUGAUCAGUGGCUCUUCAUCCCAAGAAUUUCUCAAGGAGAUGAACACUGCCUUUGCUCAUCUCCCUCAAGGGGUCUUAUGGAGGUGUAAGCCUUCUUAUUGGCCCAAAGACAUCAAAUUAGCAGCAAAUGUGAAAAUUGUGGACUGGCUUCCUCAGAGUGACCUCUUGGCUCACCCUCACAUCCGUCUCUUUGUCACCCAUGGUGGGAUAAAUAGCAUCAUGGAGGCCAUCCAACAUGGCGUUCCCAUGGUGGGGAUUCCCGUCUUUGGAGACCAGCCUGAAAACCUGUUCCGAGUAGAAGCCAAAAACUUUGGUGUCUCUAUCCAGUUAAAGCAGAUCAAGGCUGAGACACUGUCUCUGAAGAUGAAGCAAGUCAUAGAAGACAAGAGGUACAAAUCUGCAGCCGUGGCCGCCAGCAUCAUCAGACGCUCCCACCCCCUGACUCCUGCCCAGCGGCUGGUGGGCUGGACCAACCACAUCCUGCAGACAGGGGGUGCAGCGCACCUCAAGCCCCAUGCCUUCCAGCAGCCAUGGUAUGAACAGUACCUGCUCGAUGUCUUCUUGUUCCUGCUGGUGCUCACCGUGGGCACCAUGUGGCUCUGUGGGAAGCUGCUGGGCAUGGUGGCCAGGUGGCUGUGUGGGACCAGGAAACUGAAGAAGCCCUGAUGCCAAGCGUAGCCUGGGGUGGCAGUAUUUGGGGGGGGGGUCACCGUUUCUUGGGAGCUUCCCACUAGUUCUGGCAACCCCUGUUCUCCACAUCAUAUCCACUUGCUAAUUGUGCUAUGAAUUCCUGCUCACUGGCUUCUUCCUAUGAUCAGAUUUCUUUACUCAGCACUUGUGGCCUUCUUUAUUUUCCAGUUAGCAAGGACUAUUCUGUGAUUCUGUCCCUGGGUCAUUUGGACCAGUGACCCUCAAACUUUAAGCCUUGAAGCCUACCUUCCUUAUCAUGCCCCUUAUUCAGGCACUGAGCCUGAACCAUUCCAGCUUCCAUGGCCAGUAUCUUCUGAGCCUCUUUCCAUCUUUCCUGCCUCCACCACUUGUCAUGGAAUAACACCUAAGAUGGGCACUUUCCUAAUUCUUUCAUUUUCUAUUUGUUUCUCCUUUAAACUCUCUUCCAAGUUCAGGAAGCCUGUCCUACACAUGUGCCUUCAGGGCCAGAAACACCCUUGCAGGACCGUGUCUGGCUCCUGCCUUGGUUGCUGCAGAGAGCUCCUUCCUUGCUGGUCAGGUGUGGAGGCUGCAGAGUAGUCAGGGGCUGAAGUCGCCUUGGUCACUGUGUUUCAUUGCAGUGAGCUGUCUUCUAAUUUUCCCAUUAAAAAAAUAAAGUCAUGAGAAAGAAGUUCAUUUCUUUUUAAACUGAGUGUGCUUUUGUGCCUCUUGACAGUUGAGCCUUUCUCUACAUGACAUACUCUUGGGAAUUGCAUCCACCUGAUAGUAAUAGAAACCAGAAAAAAAGUGGCUGUGACAGCUAAGAGUUUUCUUCUCUUUCUUUUGUUUUUUGCCUCAUGUAAAAGAGAUCUGCAGGUAGGCAGGCAGUGCAGGGCUGGCAUGGUGGCUCCAUGAUGUGCUCAACAGUGCAGAUUUCCUGUCUGGUUGAUCUGCCUUCUUCAGCAGGUAGCUUUCAUCCUCAAACUCACCCUGGUUUUGCCAGAUAGUCUUUUUGUAUCCAACCAGCCCCUGGAAAUUUGGGCAAGACAAGGGAAAAUUGGGAAAAGUGAAUUAAUCAGGUCCUUGCCAGCUGAGUCAGCCCUCAUUAAAGAGAUUUCCCAGACACUCCAGCCACCCAAAGACUCCACUUACAUCUCAUUCACCAGGCCUGAGUCUCGUGACCACCCCUACCUGCACAAAAGGUUGAAGAAGUGUCCCCAUUUCCAUUUCCUGCUGCUGGGUUGGGUGUUGUUAGAAAGAAAGACAAAGGACAAUGAAUAAUGGGAGGAAACUAGAGCCUCGACCACCUGUGGAGGUCAGGCAGGAAGUGCUGAAUAGAUGUUUUGUUCCACCUGUGACCCUGUGACUUAGUGACCUCAGGGAAAGUCUUAUACCCACUGUAAAUGCCCCAGGUGGAAAGCAGACCUUUCAGAGUGGUGAACAGGCAAAAUAGCAACAGCAGUCCUUUACCGUGGUGAAGUGUGUUAUGUUUUCCUGGUUCUUUCAUCUCCUUUCUGCCAUUUAACUGGGUAGAUGUGUCUAAGCAGCCCAAGUCAAAGAAGCAGGUACUAGCAGGGGCCACCACAGAUGGAGAGGGAGCCAUGGUGCUAAUUAAGACGAGAGCAAGAAAACCUGCUGCCUCCUCCAUCCAAGGCACAGGGCUUGGGGAGUGGAGAUGGGCUGGUUUGAGCCCCUACUGGUCCCUCUUGUGGGUUCCUCUUUGCAAUGAAUAACCUGCCCUACCACAUGGUGGUCCUGGCUGGUGGACCCUCCCGCCCAAGGUGAUUCCACGCCCACGCGUGCAGAGGGGAGUUUGAUCAGCUAGGGAAUUCUCUUGGGGUAUUUUGUUUUAGGCGUAUUUUUUUCCAUAAGACCUAGGGAGGCUCCUUUGUCCAUGCCAGUCUUUAAAUUAGUUAAUCAUUUAUUUUUUAUAAGUAUUCAAAUGGAAUAUUUAGAACUUUAGAGACACAGAUCUGUCAGAGCGAAUUUUUCUAUGCAUUUCUUCAAAUUUUAUCUCAAGAUAGCAGUAAUUAGCAAUCAGAUACCACUUGCAUUAGUGAUUCAAUCCUCUGGGUUUUCUUUUUCCUGAUUAAAAAUCCAAGAUAAAUUUUAAGAGAUCUUGUGUUAGGACAAAUGCAAAGAAGAGAAGCUUCCACAAACAAGAGUGGUAGACACCUCCAGGUGACGGAGACCCUCCCUUGUCUGUAGAUGAGAUCCUUGAGAGGGAUGGCACCCAGUGACCACUAUUCCUUUCUCAUUUUGAUUGAGUGGUGAGUCUUUUCUGUACUUUACAGUGAUUUCACAAAUAAGCAAGCCUACAAAUAUAACGGAAUAGAGCUACAGACGUAAAGACCAAAUAAUAAUUUGUUUCAUUUCAUUCUUUCCCCUUGUCAUAAUUUCUCUCCUGGAAUUUUAUUGAGCAAGGCUUUUUGUUCCAUAUUCCUUUAGUGACCAUUUAUGAACUUCGUAUUGCCUCAGAUGAAAGAUAUUGUCAUUGAGAAAUCAACUAGCCAGCAGUAACUGAAAGCCUCAGCAGAGGGGCUUAAGUCAGUGGCCUUCAACCUGGGCUCUCUGCGCCUUAAUGUGUGCGUGAAGACCUUUCCAGGGCUGAAUGGCACACAGCCUCUAGAAACAAUAAGUCUCCACCUAUGUGUACGCUACUUUCCUAACACUGGUCUGCCUAACACCGUGAUGUGUUUAUUUGAUUGAAUCUGUUUCCUGUCACACUUUUCACAAUUUCCUGACUCUUAUUUUGCAAAAGAAACACACAGCUUUUACGCAUCCUUAUUCUCAGCAUGGUGCACUGCCCCAGGGUUGAAAAACAGGGGUACCAAACAGACAGUUUGAAAUGUAAUGACUAAGCAAGAACUCUUUGUCAUUAAAAUGAUUUGGAAUUCUUUGUUUUUAACAAAAAUAAAGAAUGAACUUUGAUUUUUCAGCUAUUAGACCAUUAAAAGUAACUUUUCAUGGUGGAUUUCUGUGUGAUUUUUGGCGUAUCAUUUUCAAGAUGGUCAUAACAAAACU